UCUCAAAUAAUUCCAAAAACUUUCCAUACGCCACAUCUUUUGCCACAUCAUUUCAUUAUUCAUUUCCACACAAAAACUCCAAAAACCAAACCAACCAUACACAAACAUAAACAUAAACAUAGUUUUAGUUCCAAGUAACAUAUUACUAUUAUUGUCUAAGUACACUAAUUACAAUGGCUGUUUCAACUAGUUUCUAUGGUGCUAAAUUGGAACCUUUGUUCCUUAAAUGUUGUUCUUCUUCUUCAACAACAUCUUCCUCUUAUGUUACUACUCAUUUAUCAUUUUUUGGUAGUAAUAAAAAGAGCUUUGUUCAAAGUAGAGGCUCAAUUCGUUGUGACGCUUCAUCUUCUGAUGUUUUGAUUGAUCCUAGUGAUAAUGCUAAAUCUGUUUCUGCACUACAACAGCUUAAAGCUUCUGCAGCUGAUAGAUAUACAAAGGAAAGGAGCAGUAUUGUCGUUAUAGGGCUAAGUAUUCAUACUACACCCGUCGAUGUGCGCGAAAAACUUGCCAUACCAGAAGCAGAAUGGCCUAGAGCCAUUGGUGAGCUUUGUAAUCUGAAUCAUAUUGAAGAAGCAGCAGUUCUGAGCACCUGCAACCGAAUGGAGAUAUAUGUUGUCGCACUUUCUCAGCACCGUGGUGUCAAAGAAGUCACCGAAUGGAUGUCCAAUACAAGUGGUAUACCUGCAUCAGAGCUUUCAAAGUAUCUAUUUUUGCUAUACAACAAAGAUGCAACACAACACCUUUUUGAAGUAUCAGCAGGUCUUGAUUCUCUUGUAAUGGGAGAAGGUCAAAUCCUUUCACAAGUCAAACAAGUUGUGAAAGCAGGACAAGGAGUUAAUGGCUUUGGUAGAAACAUCAGUGGUUUGUUCAAGCACGCAAUCACCGUCGGUAAAAGGGUCCGAACCGAGACCAACAUUGCAGCUGGUGCAGUUUCUGUUAGCUCGGCUGCAGUCGAAUUAGCCUUGAUGAAGUUACCUGAUCAAGCCUCACAUGGAAAUGCAAGAAUGCUUGUUAUUGGAGCUGGUAAAAUGGGGAAGCUUGUGAUCAAACAUUUGGUUGCAAAAGGGUGUAAAAAGAUGGUAGUUGUUAAUAGAACCGAAGGGAGAGUCGCAGCAAUCCGUGAAGAAAUAAAUGAUGUUGAGAUAAUCUACAAACCGCUUUCGGAAAUGCUUGAAUGUAUUGGUGAAGCAGAUGUUGUUUUCACUAGCACUGCAUCAGAGAAUCCUUUGAUUUUUAAACAAAAUGUUAAGGAACUUCCUUUAGCAAGCGAAGAAAUGGGAGGAAAACGCCUCUUCGUAGAUAUUUCUGUUCCGAGAAACGUAGGUUCAUGUGUCGAUGACCUUGAGUCUGUUAAGGUUUACAAUGUUGAUGAUCUUAAAGAGGUUGUGGCUGCCAACAAAGAGGAUAGGCUAAGAAAAGCAAUGGAAGCACAAGUGAUCAUCGGCGAAGAAUCGGGACAAUUUGAAGCUUGGAGAGACUCAUUAGAAACUGUUCCAACCAUUAAGAAAUUAAGGGCUUAUGCUGAAAGAUUAAGGGUUGCUGAGCUUGAGAAAUGUUUAGGUAAAAUGGGUGAUGAUAUAAAUAAGAAGACACAAAAAGCUGUGGAUGAUCUAAGUAAAGGUAUAGUGAAUAAAAUGCUUCAUGGUCCAAUGCAACAUUUGAGAUGUGAUGGGAGUGAUAGUAGGACUUUGAGUGAGACACUUGAGAAUAUGCAUGCUUUGAACAGAAUGUUUAGUCUUGAAACUGAGGUUUCUGUUUUGGAGCAGAAGAUUAGAGCUAAGGUGGAGCAAAAACCACAGUGAGAUUAAUAUGACACCAUUUUCAUUGAUUAUUACACUCAUUUAUUUUCUUAUGGAAGAUGAAAAUCCUUACCCUUAAAGGCUUGAGAAAGAAUCAUGUAAUAUUCAGUUGUAUGUUGAUUGAAACAUGAAAGUUUCCUUUGUUUGUUUUUUGGUUAUGUAUUUAGAUUCAUGACAUGUUGAAUCUUUAGUGUA